GCUGGGACCCACACUUCAUUUGAAUCAACAGCUUGGGGAUAAAGGAGUAAUCAUGAAGUGCCUCUUACUUCUGUGCUUGGUGGCACUUUCCCAGUGCCUGACAACCAAGGUUCACCUAAAGAAAACAAAAUCCAUCAGGCAAUCCCUUAAAGAGCAUGGGCUGCUAAACGAUUUUCUGAAGAAGCAUCCUUACAAACUUGGCUCAAAAUAUUUCCCUGGGCUGCAAAACACAUUUGCCUCUGAACCCUUGCAAAAUUAUAUGGAUAUUGAGUACAUUGGCACUAUCUACAUUGGCACUCCACCACAGCAGUUCACAGUCCUCUUUGACACUGGUUCUUCCAACUUGUGGGUCCCUUCUGUGUACUGCUCCAGUCAUGCUUGUUCUGACCAUAAUCGAUUCAAUCCCCAACAGUCGUCUACUUUCCAGGCAACCAGCCAGAGCGUAUCCAUCACCUAUGGCACUGGGAGCAUGACUGGAUUCCUAGGCUAUGAUACUGUUCAGGUUGGAAGCAUUCAGGUCACCAACCAAAUCUUUGGCCUGAGUCAGACUGAGCCGGGCAGCUUCCUUUAUUAUUCCCCCUUUGAUGGCAUCCUGGGUCUGGCUUACCCUGCCCUCUCUGCCUCUGGCGCUACUCCUGUUUUUGACAACAUGAUGAGUGAAGGUUUGGUAUCCCAGGAUUUAUUUUCCGUCUACCUGAGUUCUGAUGACCAGAGCGGGAGUUUUGUAAUGUUUGGUGGUGUUGACCCCUCCUACUAUUCUGGGAGUCUCAACUGGGUGCCCCUUUCCGCUGAACUCUAUUGGCAGAUCACUCUGGACAGUAUCACCAUCAAUGGUCAAUCCAUUGCUUGUUCCGGUGGCUGCCAAGCUAUUGUUGACACUGGUACCUCCCUCCUGGCAGGUCCCCCCAAUGGCAUCGCUAACAUUCAGAACUACAUUGGUGGUAGCCAAGACUCCAGUGGCCAGUAUAUCGUCAACUGCAAUGCUAUCAACUCUCUGCCUGAUAUCGUCUUCACCAUCAAUGGCAUUGAAUUCCCUCUGCCUGCUAGUGCCUACAUUCGCCAGACCCAAAGCUAUUGCUUUAGUGGUUUCGAGGAUAUUGCAAUCUCCACUCAGUCUGGUGAACUUUGGAUUCUUGGUGAUGUCUUCAUCCGUCAAUACUACUGUGUCUUUGACAGAGCAAACAACCAGGUUGGCCUGGCUCCUGUGGCACAAUAAUAGCAACAUCUAUUGAUCAUAUUAUAGCCUAAGGAUAGUCUUGACUCUUUGGAAUUAAAUUCAGUAAUUAUGCUUCUGAUCCCCACGCUUUAAAGUCAGUAACAAUAAAUAAAUAUAAAAAUGAA